CGGAAGGAGCCGUCAGCAGUCGGCGGUGGCGGGCGCUGGCGGAACCGGCGGGCGGCGAUGGCGGGGCAGAUGGCGGUGUUGGGUUCGGCUGUUCUGGCUCUCUUGUUAGCUGGUUAUCUAGCACAGCAAUAUUUACCAAUGCCUACACCAAAAGUAAUUGGGAUUGACCUUGGCACCACUUACUGCUCGGUCGGUGUCUUUCUUCCUGGAACAGGGCAGGUGAAGGUUAUUGCAGAUGAAAAUGGGCACAACAGCAUACCAAGUAUAGUCUCUUUCACAGACACGGAUGUGUAUGUAGGAUAUGAUGGCCUAGAACUGGCUGAUUCAAAUCCUCAGAACACCAUAUAUGAUGCAAAAAGAUUCAUUGGGAAAAUCUUCACUUCAGAAGAAUUGAAAAGUGAAAGUAGCAGGUAUCCCUUUAAGGUUUUCAAUAACAAUGGAUCAGCUGAAUUUUCUGUGACAACUAGUAAAACCUUUCAUGUCACUCCAGAGCAUAUUGGCUCUCAGCUGCUACUGAAAUUGAAGAGAAUGGCAGAAAAGAAUCUUGGCAUGCGCAUUUCGAAGGCGGUCAUCUCUGUGCCAGCAGAGUUUGAUGAAAGGCAACGGAAUGCUACCAUUAAGGCAGCUAACCUUGCAGGGCUAGAAAUUUUGCGAGUAAUCAAUGAACCCACAGCUGCAGCUUUGGCUUAUGGACUCCACAAAGCUGAUGUGUUUAAUGUUCUGGUGGUGGAUUUGGGUGGAGGAACUUUGGAUGUGUCUCUGUUGAACAAGCAGGGAGGGAUGUUCCUCACACGAGCCAUGGCAGGUAACAACAAACUUGGAGGACAGGACUUUAAUCAGAGGUUGAUGCUGUAUUUAUAUGAUCAGCUCCAUCAAAUGUAUGGUUCUCUGCCAACAAGAAAAGAAGAAAUACAUCGCCUCAGACAGGCUGUGGAAGCAGUUAAAUUAAAUCUGACUGUUCAUGAGGCAGCUACACUAAGGGUGUUGUUGACUAUGCCAGAAAGGAAGCUUACAAAAGAACUUCCAGAAAGUGAGGUGAAAACAAAUGAUGUGCUAAAAGGCAAGCCUUCACAGAAAACAGAAGAUCUGAAAAAUCCUGGAGAUGCUUCAAAAGUAGAGAACAACUUUGUCACAGUUGUGUUUGAAACAGAAAUCUCUAGGAAGCUAUUUGAGAUGUUAAAUGAGGACCUUUUUGAGAAGAUUCUUGUGCCCAUUGAACAAGUGUUGAAGGAAGGUCACCUACACAGAGCAGAAGUGGAUGAAAUUGUGUUAGUUGGAGGCUCCACCCGGAUUCCUCAAAUACGCAAAGUUAUUCGGGAUUUCUUUGGAAAGGAACCUAACACCUCUGUAGAUCCUGAUCUAGCAGUUGUAAUGGGGGUAGCUAUCCAAGCAGGAAUUGUUGGUGGGUCCUGGCCUCUUCAAGUCAGUGCAAUAGAAAUUCCUAAUAAGAAUUUACGGAAGACUAAUUUUAACUGAAAAGAAACUCUUCCCCAUUGCAUUCCAUCUCUCCAAAAGUGUACUCUGAUGGUGCAUACUUCUCUGACUGGCAGUGGAGCCUAAUCUUAGCUGUAUUAUAUUCAUUUUUUUUAUCUCUUCCUGUUAGGUGUUACUGGACAUCUAACUGUGGUAAAGCUACGUGUUACUUUAAAGGUACGAGUGAUUUUUGAAGUUCUGAAGUGCCCUGUAUUUGCUUGUCGAUUUGGAUAUUGGAUGAAAAUGCUAGUGAUGACGCACCCGCGUUUUCUUGCUAAAUUUUAUUAGCAAAUCCUGAAGAGAUGUAUGUUUAAAAUACAAAGGGAGCGUGACCAAAGAUUAGAGGUAAUGUGGUAUGCUACUGUAGGUAUUCCCAGGUCCAAUAUAUUUACUUUGAAAGAAUGUGAAGCAGUAUUAACGCACAUAGCACUAGCAGUGUUGAGCUUAAAUUUAUUUAUUAAAUUGAGUCAUUUGAGCAUUUAAGCACCUUUCCAAAAGGCAUGUUGCAGCUUGAAUGAGACUUACGCAUGCACUUGAUUCUUCUGCUGUUCAUAACAGCAUAAUGGUAUUACUGAGGCUGUAUGGCAAAUUGUCUCAUGUUUCAGCCGAACCAUAUUCAGAAACCUGUCUCUUGCCAAUUUAGAGUUACUUGGUAUGUCUCCAAGGGCUUACUUCCUCAUCUGUUUUUUUACGGUGAACAUACAGGUGCUGCUGUCAUACCACUGAUGUUCUCCACAGAGAGCAAGGGCAUACCGCCAACUAUCUAUACGUCCCCCACCUUCUUUGAAAACUGCUGUAAUUUUUUGUAUCUUAAAGCCACACCUGAGUAUCUUCCCUUGAAUUUGGCCAACACAUAUUUCAUUGUUGCGCAUCUACGAGUGUGUGAUGUCUUUCCCCUGGAGUACCCCAAGCCAUACUGUUUUCAGGGAGAAAGUGUGGGACAGAAGGGACAGCCUGGAUGAAGUCUAGUUCCUGUAGUCCUAGUAAAUGAAAAUUCACCCAGUUAUUUUGUACUUUUGAGCUCGUAUCUCUGGUUUAAGUUUUGUCAUUAUCCCCACUCUAAACCGAACAUAGAUCGGAGAACCUGGCUGUUCUUUUGCGAAGGAAGCAGUGUGUGGAACUCAAGAUUUGAGGUAGCACUUUUUAGGACUUUAUUUUAGGCAAACUGUUUGCUACCCAGAUGUCUAGCAAAUGCACGAGGAGAAAAAAAAUUAAGGAUUUGAAAAACAGACUAAAAAUUGGUGACAGUUGUACUCUCUUUGGAGGGUUAAAUCCAUACUUAAAGGCCAGUUGAAUUCUUUUAUCUCUGUAGAACUUUCUACAAUGAAAACACUUCAUUCAGCUAAGACUGGCUUCUACAUCCAUCAACCCAGUCUUAGUCAGGUAAACUCUAGUAACAGGUGGUUCUAAGCAUUUUCUUGUAUUCUCCAGAACAAUUUUGGUUUUAUUAAGCUUGCCAAGAUAAAGUGUGGGGCUUAGGUUUAUUGUUUAACCUAUGACUAUAUUAAAAUAAGCUUAUUAUUCUCCUGGCAGUAGGCCUGAUUUAUGAUGCUGCUGUAAAUCAGUUGUGUUGAUUCAGCUGUUUGCAUAGCUAUUGUCUAAACAUAUCUUUGAAGUAAUCCAAUUAAAAAACUCUUAAAUUGAAGCAUAGUUGCCCGCAAUCAUUCCAUCAGCAUUGUUUAACUUCACAGGGGAUUCCCAAAAUACUGCUAACACCUGUUUAAAUUCCCUAAAUUGAAAGCCAAAGUGAUUUUUUUUAUUUGAAGGAUUUUCCUCCUUUGUACCUCUUUGAAAGCAACCCUCUUAAGUCUGUAUGGAACUUCCAGUAACUAAAACUCCUGCGUUGAAAGAAGUGCCUCUUUAGUGAAUUCAUGGAUGAAUGCCAAUAUACAGUACAGCUCUCGUGCAGUUGCUAUUUGGGGCCUUUGCUUUGCAGAUAUAAAUGUAUGUAUUUAAUUCAACGUAUAUUCCAGUGUCUUUGGAGUCAUUGUGGCCUUUCCUUCUGCCCUGCUGUAAAUUCAUCUCAAAGUCUACUGGAGUUACAGGAGGUCUUUAGUCUUCAUUUUCUUUAAUGCACUGUGUAAAAUGAGCAGACGUGUCUAAAAAUAGAACCGCAUUACAGUGAAGUGAAAGUAUUAAAAGGUUUUUGCAGUCGUGCAAAAGGGUUGGAGGGACAGUUGGAGAAAAUUUAAACUGUUAAACUUUCAAUGCAAAUAAAUGAAGUACUUCCCCCCCCCCCUUUCUUUCUUUCAUAUACUCCCUCCCUCUGGAGGAGUUAAGUCUCCUUCAGUGUUAACCUGGGAAUUGUAAGGGGAGGGUGGGUUUUCACUUGUUAAAAAAAAAAAAAAAAAUUAAAAAUUCACAAAAGGCUAUUUAUUCAGAUUUCUGUACAGUUUGGGGUUUUUUGAGUAGAGAAGUUACUGUACAUUGGAUAUCUCACAAUGCAUCCUUAUUUAUUAAAUAACUUUUUUGAAUUCUGCAAUCAAUUUAUUUAUUUUGGAUUUUUGGAUUUUAAUACUGUAUUUUGGCACAAACCGUUGAAUUUUAAAGAUGAGUCCACUGCACUACGUGGGUAUUUCCCGGUAUGCACAUGACUGCUUUUCAAAAGUCUCUCUUUUAAACAAUUUGUUAUUUGAAGGCUGAAAUCUUUCUACAACCAACCAUUGAAAUCUGAGUGUGGUUGCCUGUGGUGUCAGGUGUGUAACAAGUUUAUACAGAUAGCUAAAGCUUGUUUUGUGAGUUGAAAUGCUGAAAGUAUAAGUUGCCUCAUGGAUUCUAUGUCCCUGAAUUGUUUCCAAGUGCAGAUUAAAUGCAUUUUAUAAAUAACCUUUUAGAAUGUUUUUAAUAAAAGCCAUUUCUGUCCCUUGGACAUGUCUUGUUUCAGUUUCUCACGGAAGUACUAACGGCACUAUUUCCCCGUCUUCCUCAAAUUCCUUUGGAGGUUAAAGGAUGAGGUUGUAAUCCCUCAAGUUGUCAAGGGGUUGCUGUACCCUGGAGAGACAGAUCUUUUCUGGGAAGUGGCACAGAGGAGUGUUAGGAACUGGGGUGGGAGGGGAAAGAACCUUUUCUCCUCAAGCCACAGUUUGGGGUGGAAGAAUGGAAUGGAAAAGAGAAGUGCAAGUUGGUACAAGGAAAAGCAAGGAAUAACUGGGAGGAAGGAGAAAACAACAACAGGGAGGGAAACCCUGGUCAAGGGGGUGGCAAUGAAGUCCUUGCUCCUGAAGGGAGUGGGAGCAGUUCCAACCCCUUCUCUGCGUAUGCUCCUUGUGCCCGGCCUGCUGGGUCACAGCGUAUGGGGCAGGACCUUUCCUCCUGUUGGUCAACAGCUGCAGGAGGGACGUGGGGAAAGGAAAAACAGAGUCAUGGUGCCCUUCUGGGCCUCAUUCUUACUUUAGACUCUGCCCUGAUACCCUGGCUCUCCCACCAUUCCUUUCCCUAACCCAAGCAACCUAGCUGGAAAAGGAGGCUGUGCAGUAGCUCCUCAAGGGGAUCCCUCAUACUAUCUCCAACCAUGUGAAGGUCACCUGCCCAAUCAGGUGGCCCUUUCAGAACAGCCCCAAGUGGCCCAUAUGGGGCACCGCCUUUCACAGGUGGUGGGUGCCUAUGAGUAGCCUCAUGGGAUGAGGCUGGGACCUGAUCCCCAAAUGCCCUGGAGGCACUUGGUGUCUGGAAAAGAAAGUGCAGGAGUGGGGAGGUAUGUGCUGAGCUGGCCUGCAGGGCUAGGACGUGGCUUUGUCUAUGCUGUCAAGGGAGUUCACUGGUGACAUUGUGUUUGGUGGGUUGUGCUGGGUACUGCAAAACCUGAAUUAAUAUUGACUUUGAGGCAGCCAAGUAGUCCUUCUUUGUUUCUUAGAGUGAGUCUCUGAUUCAGGCAUGUGAGCAGAAUAGAGGCUGCAGACCCUGAGUGAUAGUCUUACUGCGAAGUUGCCUUUUCCUGCCUAUGCUAAGCCUGUUAGAUCAUAGAAUCAUUUAGGUUGGAAAAGACCCUUGGGAUCAUUGAGUCCAACCAUCAACCCCACUCUACAAAGCUCUCCCUUACACCAUAUCCCCUAACACCACAGCUAAAUGACUCUUAGACACAUUCAGGGAUGGUGACUCCACCACCUCCCUGGGCAGCCUAUUCCAGUGUCUGACCACUCUUUCUGUGAAGAAUUUUUUCCUAAUGUCCAGCCUAAACCUACCCUGCUGCAGUUUGAACCCAUUCCCUCUUGUUCUACCGCUAAUUACCUGUGAGAA